UAUUGACAUACACUGCAGAGCUUUAUGUAACCCAAACUGUGAUUUCAAGUUGCUCCAUAACGGAUUUGUAAUUUCUCGUCGCCAUGAACGCCAUUAUCGUUGGAGGCCGGGUUUCGUCCACAUAAGUCAUAUUAGGAAAUCUGAUGCAGGCAACUACACAUGCUUUGCAGUUAAUACGGCGACGUUUAAAACAUGGAGGAAAUCUGUGACAGUAACUGUCCACUAUGGUCCAGACAAACUGACAUUAAGAACAAGUCCACCUGGUGAAUCUGCAGUAGUCGGUGAUAGCUACAGUUUAAACUGUUCUGCCGACUGUUUCCCGGCCUGCCAAUAUAGCUGGACUUACAAUGGCUCACGUGUACGGUCCUACACCAACAAUGGCCUGUUUGUCAUCAACAACGUCAGUACAAAUGAUUCUGGACAGUAUACAUGCACAGCCUUUAAUAGGCGCUGGGGACGCAGACAAGAAACAGUGUCAAUUGAAGUAGAUGUGAAAUAUCAACCAUGGAUCCAGAAUUUUGAAAUUAAUCAACAGUCAGGAUCGGUAUUUGUGAAGGAGUUUGAAAAUGUCACCAUCAGGUGCACCGUUGACAGUAAGCCGUUAUCCACUAUACGGCUGUUCAAUGAUACAAACCCAAUAAAGAUGGCUCAUAAUUCAAAGGAAAUCCGUUAUGGCUGGCCAAUAGCACAUUGUGAAGAUUCAGGGAACUAUUCGUGUACUGCUGAUAAUGACAUAAAAGAACGAACUAUAAAGAAGACUCAGCUCUUUGUACGAUGUUCACCCAGACUGAAUUACAAUACCGAGUUGGUCAGUAAUGUCUCCGUGAACGUGAACGAAGACACAGUAAUGGCCAUCUCGGUGAUCGCGUACCCGGCCCCCGUGUUCACCUGGUACAAGCUCCAGGACGACCAGUGGCAGAAGUUAGAGUCCACUGAGACACUCGAGUCAACAUCUUGGUCAUCUGUUGGUCACCUGGUCAUCAACAACGCACAGUGGAAGGACGCUGGACAGUACCAGGUGGUCGUGUCAAAUGACGUGUCCAGUGAGAGACUUGCCAAGAAUAUGACUCUAACAUUGUUAGAUAAGAGAGAGGAGAACUCGACAGGAAAGUAUAUUGGAAUAGCCAUAGGAACAGUUGCCAUUGUUGCAGUACUGGUCAUGGUCACCCUGCUUAUUAUUAGAAGAAAGCGCAGAGCGAAGUCGGAUGAUUCUGCCAAUACGAACGCACCUGCAGCGGAACCCGAGUCUGACGAUGCAAAGCAGACGUACGAAAACUUCAACAAAUCUGACCAAAACGCAGAUGAUCAAGCCAGUAAACAUGAAGUUUAUCUGUACAGUGCAAUGGACAGCGGAGAACCCAAACAGACGUAUGAAACAAUUAAUACUGAUGGCAUCUACAUCAACUGUGACACAGAAAAUCAGUACGUUAACACUGCACUGUAGCGGAGAAUCCUACAUAACCACAAAGGACCAAAAAGAGGACAUUACUCAACACCCGGAUGCAAAAUAUUGAAGACCCUAGACAAUUGUUUGAUUGAAAAAAUAUUUGAUUGCUUUUUAAAAAGAACAAAUGGAUUAGGCACAAGUUAUACAACUUACUAGGCCUCAUCCAUAAUACAUACAUGUCACGACAGUAAUAAAAUUAUAUAUUUGAAAUUUAAAUAUGAACAGCAAAAUGUGUGUUGUUCUGUUAAUAUUCUAUGAAACGACUUCAGGAGUCUGUUUUGGAAAUUGUUGAGGAGGAUCGGGGUUAACAGGGUCUUGACUAUGGCGAGGGACGUUUUAGGGAGUUCUGGUCUUGCUCCCUAAAAAAUAGAUUUUUAAUAGGAAACUUUGCUUUGAGUGGUGGAGGGUUCGACCACACUCUCACCCUCCACAGCACACGCAGCUUGAUUUAUAUUAUAAGCAAUAGCAUGUUUUUCGUGUACCUGUUUUUUUGGCGUGUGGCCAAUCUGAUUUAAAUUAGCUCUACUGGGUCUACCAGUAGAUCUAACAGCAUUGCGAGAACUCCCAUGUCCAGGUGACAUUUCAUCUAUAAAUAACAAUUUUAAUAUCCACCAAUUACACUUCGCCU